AUGGAUCACCACGCUACGCCAGCCCCGCCGGUCUUGCGCAAGAGGUACGUCGGGCCGUACGCGCUUGGUGAAUCGGAAAUAUUCUGGAGUGAACACUACACCUAUCUCGCAAGGCAAGGCUAUCAACUGCGUGAUCGCUACCGCCCGGACUGGUCACCUUCGUGGCUGGGUACCGAGACAAACCCAGAGGACUGCGAAGAUUCUGUCAUAGCUUUGAAGAUGAACUCUAUGGAUGCUACUCGACAAGACGGCCUAUGCGUGAGAAUCAAACACGUGGAACGAGGUAAAAACGAGCGCAAGGUGGUAUCCUAUCUCAAGGACACUGUUGAGUCUGAGAACUAUGUUCCGCUCGUGGAGUUCCUGCAGGACCCUUUGCUUCCCGACAAGGACUUCAUGAUUUCGCUGUAUCUCCGUCCCUUCUACAAUCCCGGGCUUACUAAUGCGAGUCAUAUGGUCGACUUCGUAAUGCAAACGCUGCAAUGUCUGGCUUUCUUACAUGGUAAGCAAGUAGCGCACCGAAACUGCUGCGCCGAUAAUAUCAUGAUGGACGCCUCCUCUAUGUAUCCCAUGGGGCAUCAUCCCGUCCGGCUCGAAUGCGCUCGCGAUGGAGUCUCCGAAGCCGUUCUCACGAACUGCAUCCGUCGCCCAGUCAGAUACUACUUCGUCGACUUCAGCCGGGCCUCGCGAUUCAGGGAAGGCGAACUCCGCCCUUAUGCGCGCGUCAGAGAGGACCUGGACAAGUGUCUCCCAGAAUACAAGAUGGCCAUCAAUGGGCGACUGGACACGUUCAAGGCGGACGUGUACCGCCUCGGCAAGCUGUACCAAACCACGUUUCUCGGCGCGCAGUAUCUCAGAGCGGGCUGGCCGCUCGCGAGCCUGCAGACCCUGGUGACCGCGAUGAUGCAUCCCCAGCCUGAAAUGCGGCCCACGGCGUCCCGUGCGAUUGAGAUAGUGCAGUACGUCUUCCGCGAGGUAAAUACGACGCCGUACAUGGUUAUGUGGACGACGCCGCAGCCGCCUGCGAUUGCCUCACCUGUGGGCAUGUGGUACACCCCGCUGAACGCGUCAUGGCCGACAACCUCGUCACCGAGCUGGUAG